AUGAGCGGCAGCGGCAGCAGUGGCAGACGACGCAGCGCACGAGCAGGAGCGACAGUAGCAGGCAGUGGCCGCACUGGCUACGAGCGUGGCACCGAGAUUCAGAGACCCAUCAUCAUCAGCUACGAGAGUGGUACACCGAAGCGGGAGCCUGAUGUCAUCGGCCACAAGGCCGGCGUCGCGAAGCACACUCCGGACGUGGCCAGCAGCGAGGGUGGCGACGUACAGCACGAGCCCGAUGCCAUGGGCCACGACGUUGCACGCCGAAUUGCCAGGAAUGGAGUCGCGAAGCACGAGCCCGAUGCCAUCAGCUACAAAGGAAGCGCUUCAAAACACGAGCCCGACGCCAUCAGCUACGAGGGCCCUAUCUAG